AUGGAUAUGGGGAAAAAAUGGAGGGAGAAUAGGAUACGGUUGUUCCACACCAAGUUUGACAAGACAUUAAGUCGUGAAGAAAAUAUCAGAAAUCCUCCAUUGUCAAUUCCACCAACAGAGUGGGCUGCCUUUAUAGAUUAUCGAUUGGAAGAGGACACUAUGAAAAAAAGCAAACAAAAUGCAGCAAAUAGAGCAAAGCUUACGAUUAACCAUACCGGUGGCUCUAAGAAACUAAAGAGAAGAAGUGAAGAGAUUAUGAGUCAAACUGGGAAACCAGUGAGUAGGGGCACCUUAUAUAUAGAAACUCAAAAGAGAAGGGAUGGGAGUUACAUUAAUGAAGAGGCUCGACAAGUUUGUGAGAAGAUUGCUGAAAUUGAGAGUCAGGGAACUGCUCCUGUAGAAGUCACAAUUGAUGACUCUCUUGGACAAGUAAAGGGAGCAGAACAUUAUGGUCGUGUCCGAGCGAUUUAA